AUGGAGACUGCAUGGAGCUCUGUGUCUAUCUCUGGAGGGCCUAUGUUCUCAUUGUAUCAGCGUUUAAGAGCAGCUAAGAUCUGUUGCAAAGGUCUUAAUCGUUCAAGCUUCAGUAAUAUUCAAGCCAGGUCAAAGGAAGCAUUCGAUAAGUUGGAACUAAUUCAGAGGAAUCUUCUCACGGAGCCUCCUCAUGAGCUUUUUAAGCAAGAAGCUGCAGCUAGGGAAUCUUGGCUCCGUUUUUCUUUGGCUGAAGAAUCCUUCUUAAAGAAAAAAUCUAGAGUGAGGUGGCUUAAGGAAGGUGACUCCAACUCAGGGUUUUUUCAUCGCUCGGUCAAAGCAAACCUUUCUAGGAACGCUAUUCAUCAUCUUAGAGACUCCAACGGCCAUAAAGUCUCCAAUCCUGAGCUCAUCAAAUCAAUGGCAGUUGCUUAUUACUGUGAUCUUUUGGGCUCCUCUAAUGAUGCAGUUCAGCAGUAUAGCAAGAGUGAGCUUCAAGAGCUCCACUCCUUCCGUUGUGAUGCAGUUACGGCCUCGAUGCUCUCUUAUAUUCCUUUAGAUGAGGAUAUUACAAAGGCUAUCUUCUCUCUGCCGAAAGAUAAAGCCCCAGGUCCUGACGGGUUUACCAUGGAGUUCUUCACUACUUCUUGGGGUUUGGUAGGGUCUUCCUUGAUAGCAGCGGUGAAAGAUUUCUUUACCUGUUCUUAUCUGCUACGUCAGGUCAAUUCCACUGUUAUUUCCCUGAUCCCAAAAGUUCCGCGAGCUGAAACUCUCCAGAAUUUUCGGCCCAUCUCUCUUUGUAACACGGUGUACAAGGUCAUCUCUCGUCUGCUGUCCGCGAGGCUCAAGAUUCUUUCCCCUCUAGUGGUUCAGAGGAAUCAGGUUGGCUUUGUGAAUGGGAGGCUCAUUUGCGAGAACAUUCUUUUGGCGUCGGAGCUGGUGAGGGAUUUUAACAAAGAAGGAAACAUUACAAGGGGCUGUCUCCAAAUUGACAUUGCUAAGGCCUAUGACAACGUCAGUUGGGAUUUUGUCCGGAGUUUGUUGGAAGCUUUUGAGUUACCAGACAACUUCAAGGAAUGGAUCAACCUUUGCAUCCCCUCUCCUCAUUACUCAGUUUCAGUUAACGGAGAGCUUUCUGGUUUCUUCAAAGGAAAAAAAGGCUUACGUCAAGGAGAUCCAAUCUCCUCCUCUCUUUUCGUUAUGGCAAUGGACAUCUUAUCCAAGCUUCUGGCUAACGCGGUUUCAUCUGGUGGCUUUAUUCCUCAUCCGUUGUGCCUUGAUCCCCUAAUCACCCAUCUUAGCUUCACAGAUGAUGUGCUUGUCUUUUUUGAUGGCUCAGAAGGUUCUCUUAAUGUGAUUUUGGAAGUGUUAAAGGAAUUCGAGAGAGUCUUGGGUCUAGCUCUCAGCUUGCGGAAAUGUUGUUUAUUUCUUGACGGGAAUAAUGUUUAUGCUACUCGUGAGAUGGCUUCGAAAUUUGGGUUAAUCCACGGGUCCUUGCCUGUUAGAUAUUUGGGUCUCCCCCUUAUGCCUCAUAAGCUGAGACAGCAAGAUUAUCAGCCUUUGGUCGAUAACGUUCGUUCUAGGAUUUGCUCGUGGACAGCAUGA